AUUAUCAGCGAUUUUGUAAUCAAGCAAGACGGAGUAAGCGAAAGUUUCACCCUACUUAUCGGUCAGUGAACAACAAAAUUCCGUGUUGAUAUUGUGUCUCCCGAACGUGCUCUCUCUAUGAACUCAUUGUUACUCUAAAAAUUAUGUGAGAUUUUCAGGUGCGCGGAACCAAUUUUGUAGUGUUCCGUAUCUUUUUUCUCUCCUCGUAAAAUCGUGCUUUUUUCGAAAAAAGAAAAACUGAAGGACGAAGUGUAGGUUAUGUAUCUCACGUGAUUUUGUAGAUUACCUUUUAAAUUCUGUAGUUUCUCAAAAUCUCUCUCCAAAGUGAUGUGUGAAAUCUCUUUUCGUGCUGAGGAUUUUAAUAGAUUUCUGUGACUCAGUGUUAUGCCUCCCAAUUUCUGGUGCUAACUGUUUACCUACCCUCAUCUGGUUUAAUCACCUUAUCAACAAGUCUCCUCUCUCAUAUUUUGUGUCGCACACAACUAAUUCUUCAAGUCACUUGUGCUUCUGACCUAAUUUAAAUUAAUAAGUUUUCAUCAAUGAGCAACAUGGAAAACGCAGUAGAACCUCCGAAGCAAAGCAGGAAAACCCACAACGGCAUCGUUCAGCCACUAUUAACUGAUUUGUAUCAAAUCACAAUGGCCUACGCUUAUUGGAAGUCCGGUAAAAUGAACGAUGUGGCUGUGUUUGAUUUGUUCUUCCGACAAAACCCCUUCCAAGGGGAGUUCACCAUUUUCGCCGGCCUCGAGGAAUGCUUGCGAUUCCUCGAAAAUUUUCACUAUUCAGAUAGCGACAUCGAAUACUUGAAAGCAACGCUUCCGAAGUCCACAGAAGAGGAGUUCUACGUAUUUUUGCAGAGUUUGACAACCGAGUCCGUCACUUUGUACGCCAUUGAAGAAGGCUCCGUCGUCUUCCCGAGAGUUCCCUUGAUCAGAGUGGAGGGUCCAUUAAUUAUCGUUCAACUGUUAGAAACCACCUUUCUCACCCUAGUCAACUUUGCAAGCUUGAUGGCGACGAAUGCCGCUCGGUACAGAUUGGCCGCCGGUCGCAGGAUAAAGCUUCUGGAGUUUGGGCUUCGAAGAGCGCAAGGACCUGAUGGAGGACUUUCCGCAUCCAAGUACGCUUACAUAGGUGGUUUUGAUGGUACAAGUAAUGUUCUUGCUGGUAAAAUGUUCAACAUUCCAGUUAAAGGGACUCAUGCACACGCCUAUAUCACGUCUUUCAACAAUUUAACAGAACUUCAAGUUAAACUGGCUGAGCGAAGGUUUCUAAAUAUCUACGACAUUGUGAUGAACGAACAGAUGCUUCUAAAUCGAUUGACCGGUCAGGAAGAAAACCUCUUGGAUCGCUGUAUCGAAUGGAGAGAUAAGAUACUUCCUGUUUUGAACUUUUCAUCAAAUGAAGCAUCAGAUGGAGAACUGGCAGCCCUCGUAUCAUAUGCAAUUGCUUUUCCAGAUGGUUUCAUGGCUCUUGUGGAUACUUAUGAUGUUAAAAGGAGCGGCUUAAUAAACUUCUGCGCUGUUGCCCUGGCCCUGAGUGACCUUGGUUACCGCGCAAUAGGAAUCAGGAUUGACAGCGGUGAUUUGGCUUAUCUAUCAAAUAAAGCACAUGAAGUCUUUCAGAAAGUUGCCAAUCAGUUUAAUAUACCGUGGUUCUCAGAGUUGGAGAUAGUUGCCUCCAAUGACAUUAAUGAGGAAACAAUAUUGAGCCUAAAUGAGCAGAAUCACAAAAUAGAUUGUUUUGGAAUUGGAACUCAUUUGGUUACAUGCCAGAGACAACCUGCCUUAGGUUGUGUCUACAAGCUAGUCGAAAUUAAUGGAACUCCCCGCAUUAAGCUUAGCCAUGAUGUCGCAAAAGUCACGAUGCCUGGUUGCAAGUCUGCUUAUCGGUUGUAUGGUGUUGAAGGUCAUGCUCUCAUAGACUUGCUUCAAAGAUCAGAUGAAGAUCCUCCGGAAGUGGGGCAUAGGGUUUUGUGUCGACAUCCCUUCGAGGAAUCCAAAAGAGUUCACGUUACCCCACGAAGAGUGGAACAUCUUCAUAAGUGCUACUGGAAGGACGGAAAAACUCAGUGCGAAUUACCAACGCUAGAUCAAGUGAGACAGAGGGUUCAGACUUCGCUUCUGACGUUAAGACAAGAUCACAAACGCAAUUUAAAUCCAACUCCUUAUAAGGUGUCAGUGAGUGAUUGUCUUUACAACUUCAUCCAUGAUUUAUGGUUACAAAAUGCUCCUAUUGGAGAGCUAUCUUAAAAACUCCAGAAGAUCAUCCUUUCUCACCAAAGAACCCUGGUUCUUGCUCUAGAACUCUCACCAGCACAAAAAUGCGGUCAAAGUUGUCAAUCAAACAACUUGGGUUUUGUCGCUGUGCAUUAUGUCAGGAGCGGCAUAUCCAUAUUGUCCAUACCUAAAUUCUAACUGUGCCGCGGCAAGUCAAAUACAAUCAACGCAAACCACUUAGUAAUUAGUGGUCAUUCAGGGUUGUAAAGCUGGGUUUUUUCCAGUAUACUCAACUUGAUAAUUUAUUUUUCUGUAAUUUCUGUUUGUUUGUUGUUAUCUUGUUGCUCUCUUAUUGAUCUCUAAUUUCAGCGUUGCCAUUUUUAUGGAGAAUUCUCCAAUUUUCCCUAUAGAAGCAAUGAAAACUAGGUGAAUUUUACUUGAAACGUGGCAGCACUGCACUAAUCCCAUCUACCAGUGGGACAGGUUUUGGGAUUUCUGUUGAUUCUUGAAGGAACGUUUUGUAACAUCCUUACUUUUGUAGCAUAUUGAGAACUCAAGUCCGAAAUUUGGCCCCUGCAGUUGUACAAUUGGGGUUCAGGGACAGUGAUCUAAGAGCCCCAAUUGCCUUUUAUUUAUGCCUAUUGUUAAUGCAACAAAAUUAUGCAGAUUCUAUCUUGUGAAAGCUCAAAUCAUUGAAGUAUCAAGUAAGAAGUUACAGCCAAGGAAAAAAAUUACAGUGCAAUUUUGCAUGAAUGUUAUUAAAUUAUGUUGGUCUGUGUUACUUACUUUCUUUAUUGUCAAAUUUUUAGUCAGAAAGAACACACUGAACUAUCAAAGAUUAUAGUUCUAGGAUUUUUCAUAACUUGAUUUUGAAUAAAAAAAUCAAUGUUGCAACAAAGAAAUCAGUCAAAUUCAUCCGCAACAAUACAGAAAAUGCAGGUUAAUUCCACAGGACUAUGCCUAGAAUACAAAGAAAUUCGGGGUCGGCUAAAUUUUGAGAUAUUUUUAUAUUAUGUUCCUUACAAUCCCCUAAAUAAGAUGAGAUCUCAAUAUCAAACCUCCUUCGUGCCAACCUCUGGAAAAUCAGGUCUGAAAAGUGCAUUUUUUAGCAGUUUUACAUGCAUUAUCAAGUGGAAAAGUGUAAUUGAGCAAGAAGCAAGCCUUCUCUUGCACUGAUUGCGAAGAGAAGACGGUGUGUGGGCUCAGUUAAAAAAAAGCUUCAUAUCUUCGACACGGUGACAGUGCCACUUCUCCGCAUUAUAACGUAGAGCAAUUUUCAGACCUGAUUGUCUCAAGAUUUGCCUGUAGAAUGUUCGAUUUUAAGAGCUCAUCUUACUCAGGAAAUCACAAGGAAUAUCAAAAAAUCUUAGAAUUUCUUGGUACUCCAUGAGAAAUCCUUUUCUGCAGCUUUAUCCACUCAUUGCUUAAAAAAUAGUGCACAUCAAAUGUUUUACUCAAUAACUGAGCAAGGAACCAAGUUCAUGCUAAGUUAAUCCAAAUGAGUGUGUAUCUUUUGGAAAUACCUCUGAAGUAUUUUAAAAUUUUGAUGUUAACUGCAAUUUUUUUAAUUUUUUUAUUGCUAGUGUAGAGCCCAGCAGGUGCCAUCCACGCAUCCACAGUUGAAAUACAAAUGUAAAAUGUCCAGAAAGUGCCAUAGGCAGUCAAGGUACAAUCCUAAUAAGUUGGAGUAUGAAACUCUUUUUACUGGAUUUUAAGUUUUUCUUCUUAUACCCGGAUUUUGUAUCAAUCCGAUUUUACAUUGCGUUUUUGUUCCCUGAAAAAAUAGCAUAAGCUCUGAUGUUUAGAAUUCGCGUCACAAAGGUUGGCAGUAGUUUACUUUUGACUGUCACGCGCAAGAGAUCAAUUUUUGCACAUGGCAGCGUUGUCGCUUGUUGUUAAUCCUUGAUGGCUAUUAGACAACUGCAACACAAUGGCUAGGAAAUCGAAAGUGGACAAUUGCUACCUCACCUGAUACAAAUUCUAAGGAAAAUUAAAACACUGCUAUAUUCAAUCAGCAACUUAUCUGACCUUGAUCUGGAUGAAAACACCAAAAAAGUGUAUGAAUGAUGUAUUCCCUUUUAAACUUUGAAAGAGAAUUACGAAGGAAUUUUUUUCAUCUAUGCACCUUCUAUAGAUUAUUACCACUUCGCACGCAGAAAAAAAUUCCCUUUUCACCUUACCAACUGAUAAUGAAUCUUAGCCUUUUAUUAGGUGUUGUAUGACCUCUCAAAAGCUUGUGAAUAAAGUAAUUGCAUGGUUUUAGCUCGCCAAUCCUCCUAGUUGUUGUCCCGGCAACUGCUAAGAUUGCAGCAAAAUUUUUUGAAUCGGGAGGGGCCUGGUAUAUGAGCUGAAAGCUUCAGAACUUCUAUAUCUAGUCAGGACUGAUCAACAAUUCAAGUGUGGAAAAAUGUAAUUCUGUCGGGUCAGGUCUGAUAAAUUGCAAAGGGUUAACAAUUAGGGAACAGGACAAAUAUUUUUGUUAUGAUAGCAGAACCGUCAAUCGUUAAUCCUUUUGCUAGGUUCUCUUGAAGGUUCGUUGAUUUGGUAGUAAUAAAUAAUUUUUAUCUGUAUAUUUGUAGUGUCAAAAUAUCUAUAGUCCUAGAAGUAAACUAGUUUCCAGCUUCCUUUUUCAUUUCUUCCGUUACUUUUAUUUGCCCACAUCAUCAUGGAAUAUAGUUUGAUUAUAUUUUUUUAUUCUUUUUAUCCGAAACUCCAAGUUUUGGCUGUAUAUUUUUGUGAUUUUUAAUUUUUAUGUUUUUUUAUGAUUAUUUUUAUUGUUGUGUGAUCCAUGGAAAAGUUUUAAUUCAUUGUUGAAUAGUGUUACAAGUAGUUAUGGUGUGUUCAAGCGAGCAAUUUUAAUGUUUUAAAGUUUUUCUCAAAAGCUAUUGUUAAAGUGUCCUUGACUUUUCAUGCAAGAGUGCAUUUCGUAUCUUGAUUCUUCAAGUCAAGUAUGACAAUGGCCAAAAUGCGAAACCUCGUAUCUCUGUUUGCAACGUUGUAGACUUCCUAUUAUACUUUAGUUUUUCUUUGGGAAAUCAUUCAAUGUAAUUUUUUGAAAAUUUCCUUGAAUUUUCAUCUUAGUUAGCAGAUAUUCUGUAAACAUUUCAGGCUAUAAAGUUGGCUUGUUUCUCCAUGUGAAAAUAAGAUUGGAGCGGAAAUUAAAACAUGCUGCAAUUGAGGUACGAGGUUUCGCCCUUCGGCCAUCAAUGAUCUGUCUAACGAAAGAGCAGAUCAGUUAAGCAGAGAUUUUGCAUACCAAAAUUAUAAAAUUGUUCGUCAUAAACUUAUGCUCUUUGCGUUAAACAAUGGAUGAGUCGACUUAUCAUAAGUUUUCCUUUUUUUUCUUUUACAUAAUGAUGUUACUGAGAUGGUUUUUUCUAUCAGAGCAACUAUAAAAAGAUUCUCUAACAUGUUUUUUCUGUAUCUUCCUUCUUGAAAUUUCAUAGUUAUUAUCACUUCAAUCAUUUUUAAAAAAAGAAAAUUGAUCUUUUAUCAUCUUUUAAUGGGUCUUAGCCCAAAUACUUAUUGUUGGAAGCUAACUCUCAUUUGCAAGUUGCAAGCCAUAAGUGAAGCUCAAUUUUCUAAAUUGUCAGGUACAAAUAUUUUUCAUGUUUUUCAGCUAAUUUUUUAAGUCUUUUGAAAUUGACCUACAAUCAGCUUUGAUGAACAAAUAUUAGGUUCAGUACUUUAUUUUUCGUUUUGCAUGUAGCGAGGUUGGUAUGAAUGCAAAAGUUCUGUACGUGAAUUUUUAGGCUUGAAGAGGAUGAAGUUGUCAGAAGCCCCCGAUUCGAAGUGAAGUUUGGUACAAAUCACCUUUCAUAUGAACAAUUUGUUCAAUUUUAUAGAAUAAAUCUCACCGAUACUUUACUGUUUUACACCGGUAUAUUAUUAUCAAUUUCUUAUGCAAAUUUUACGGAAUUCUUGUGAAAUUCUAGUGAUCAGUUUAUUAACUUACUCUGGUCAAUAAUUAUUGUUAGAGUAGACCAUCACUCUUAUUACUUUGUUACUUAGAGUUAGUUCUAAAGCUUUUUCUAAUUGAACAUCCACUAAGGGUAAAUUUAUUUGUAAACAGCCAUCUUUUCCCACUUUUUCGAUUUUUUCCCUCACUUUAAGUGAGAGAAUUAUUUUAGUCUCAUUCACUUGUACUUAAUCCAUCAUCUCACUGCUCUCUCUAGACUUUUUGGGCAAGUAAAUGUUUAUUUGAAGUGAUAAGUAUAAACCAAGAAAAGACACAUCUUGAGGAAAGUUAAAGUAUUUUACCUGUUCGAUUUUCACAAAAAUGUGUUCGCAUGAUCUAAAAGACGCAUCAGGCCUACAACGGAGAUUUUAGGUUUAGAUAAUCUGAAUAGUUGCCAAACCUGUCAACUUGCAAAACUUUUACGACCAAGCUGAAAGGUCUAUGGCCUUAUAUUCCCAGAAGUUGGCCGUUUCCUUUUCCUCUUCGCAUUUUUUACAUUAUUUAAUCAAAUUUCAAUUGAAUUUUACUAUAAAAGGGAACGAGCUAACUUGAAAGGGCAAAGGUUAAGCUUAUGAUGCACCCAUCAAUUUAUACUCUCUUCCCCAAUUUCCCCCACAAGUCUUAUCAAUAGUUUAAUCCAAGACCUCACUUUUUUAGUAUGAGAGGAUCUUGCCAAGAUUAAAUUUGCAAAUCCUGUGUUUCUACUUCAUCUAUAUUUUCUAAAAGAGACAAUAAAUCUAAUUACAGCACAAA